AUGAAGAUUAUAACAGAAGAUAACGUAGUGAAAUACUUCAAUUCCACUCUUAGCAGGGAUACUAUUAUUAAUAAAUUCCAAGCUACUUUAUUAAAAGGACUUGUUAACUAUGAAAAGGAUCCUUCAAAUAUAGUACCUCCAAGAACAGUCCAGACAUCCAACACUGAGAACUCAGAUACAACCCAUUUGUUUAUGCCAUGCAUAGCACCCAAUGAAGUUGGAAUCAAACUUAUUUCAGGUGGGCCAAGUAAUUCGAAGAAUGGCUUAGGUUUCCAGGGAUGCAUUUUAGUAUUGGAUGAAUAUACGGGAUCACUUCAAGGAGUUUUGAAUGCCAAGUCUAUCACAGCAUUCAGAACAGCAUUGGCAAGUACCAUACCAUUGGUCAAAGUUCUUGAUCCGUAUGACAAUAAUGCCCAUGUUUCGAGUAUUUCGGUAUUUGGUGUGGGGUUGCAGGCGUACUGGCAUAUCAAACUUGCACUUAUUCUAUACCAAGAUCAGAUUCACCACGUCAAUAUAAUCAAUAGAACCUUAAAGAAUGCCCAGGAAUUAGCCAACAAACUUUUCAUGGAGUUCCCUAAUGUGGCGUUCGAAGCUUAUCUGUAUUCUGAGGAAGAUCAAUUGGCAAGUAUUAAAAAGCAAGUUUCUGGCAGCUCAAUUAUCUUUGGGUGCUCUCCAUCUACAGACGGUGUUAUUAAGGCAGAUUACAUAAACCAGGACCCAAAUAUGAAGAAAUUCAUCUCGUUGAUUGGUUCGUACAAGCCACACAUGAUCGAGUUAGAUUUAGACUUCAUUGUGCCUCAGUACAAGGAGGCAGCCUCGAAACCCAAGAUCCUUGUCGAUUCAAAAGAGCAUACCUUACACGAGGCCGGUGAGUUGAUACAAAGUGGUAUUCAUGAAGAUCAGCUAAUCGAAUUAACUGACUUUUGUAAUUCACAGAUGGACCCCCGUGAGUACACCACCGCCAGCAAUGUGGUUGUCCUGAAAUUGGUAGGUUUAUCUGUCAUGGAUUUGUCGAUUGCCAAAGUAAUCAUCGAAGAUAUAGAGGACUCCCAGAGUAUCACCGUAGCCGAUUUCUAA